UUUCCAUUAAGGAUGAUCAAUUCUCUGCUCAAUAAAAAACAUUUAAUUGUAUAAUCGUUUGUGGUGUAGGCCUACACGACAAAACAUUGCUUUGUACAAGUGUCACCUCUAACGUUAGAUAGUUUUUUAUUGAAUAACGUUUUAUUUUACUAAAGUAAAUUGAUAAGAAUAUGCUCAAUAAAGCCUCUGACGCAUAUAUUUAUUAGCCAAUCUAUUAUAUUGGUAAUCCUUAAUGACAUUUACAUUAUCCAUGCGUCCGUCCAUCCAUCCACCCAGCUCUCUAGCCCUCACGCGUUCUAUCUAUCUACUAGUCUGUCAACUCUGUAACUACUGUUGGAAAGGAUGUGUUAAAAUGAAAUGACGUGCACAACCUACAGUACCCACCGGUGGAGAAGACUGAAAUAAGGCUGGUGACGGUCAUGUUAUGUCGAGGUGUCGUGUGUCAUGUUGGCCCGAGACCUCCCUGCUGCCAUUGAGGUUUGGAACACAUGGUAUAACUGUGCCUCCUUGCUUUCGUGUUGCCAUGGAAACGGCUUGGCUGGUGGAGUUUCAAAACGUGGGGUGCAGUUACUUUCCACAGAGCAGAGUGGAUUGCCACUACACUCUGAGCUCUAAGCUUCCAUGGGCGAGCAAUGACUGGAUCGGCCUCUUCAAGGUGGGGUGGUCGUCGGUCAGGGACUACCACACAUUCGUCUGGUCCUCAGUCCCCGCUGACAACCAGGAGGGCAGAGAUGUCAACUGCUGUGUGCAGUUCCAGGCCUCCUACCUCCCGAGGCCCAGCUCGGAGGAGUACCAGUUUGUGUACGUGGACAGUAAGGGGGAGGUGUGCUCACGCAGCCCUGCCUUCACGUUCGGCGCCCCUGAACCCCUGGAGGAGCUGGUGACUCUGGAGGAGGGGGGCCCCGGGGAGGAGGGGUCCACUGACAUGCUGCUGGUGGUCCCCAGGGCUGAGCUGCUGCAGAGUCGGCUCCAGGCGUGUCUGCAGGAGCGUGCCGAGCUUCUGCAGGCCCAAGAGGGGCUGGUCAGGAAGCAGGAGCGGGAGGAGGAGCGCUACGCCCGGGCCAGGGUGGCCUGGGAGACGGAGCGCCGGGAGCUGAAGAGGACCAUGGCCCGGCUGCAGGAUGAGCUGCACAGGAGCCAGGACAGCGUGGUGGAGAUGGAACUGAGACAAAAGGAGGAACAAGCUCUGGGGGAUUAUCUAGUGGAGCAGCAAGGUGCCUUAUUGGCCCUGAAGGAGGCAGGCGAGCUGCGAAUCAGAGAGCUGGAGGAAGACAUUAAGACCCUAGCACAGAGGGCUGCAGACAGAGAGACCGAGCUGGACAGGUUCAAGGAGAGAACCAAGAGGUCAGCAACACAGAAAAAAGAAGAAGAUACUGAGAAAAAAGACUUGCAGACCAAGUUGGAGCACACCGAGGCUGAGCUCCGGACGCUGGCCAAGGAGUUCCAGGUCCUGAGGAGUUCCCUGGCCCAGAGGGACACCAGCGUGCUGCAGCUGCAGAACACCAUCAGCACCCUCACCCACAAGCUCACCACGGCCCACCGUAAAGAGACGGAGAGCGAGGCGGCGCUGAAGGACAUGCGCGGCCUGCGCGAGCGUCUGAGCGCCAGCGAGCGCACCGUCGACGGCCUGAAGGCGGACCUGAGCGCCACAGUGACCAAGAGGGACCACGGGCAGGCGGAGGUCCACCAGGCCCGGCUGCAGGCCGCCCAGCUCACACUGCAGCUGGCCGACUCCAGCCUGGCCUUCAGGGAGGCCCGGGCCCACUGGGCCCAGGAGCAGCAGCACCUGCAGCACACGGCCGAGAAGGAUUGUGAGCGCCUGGAGAAGGUCAACGUGGAGUUCCAGAGGACGGAGGAGCAGCUCCAGGAGGAGAGGAUGGAGAGGGAGAAGGUGGAGGUGGAGCUGGGCAGAGAGAAGGACUGCAACAGGGUUCAGCUGAGUGAGGCCCGCAGAGAGCUCCAGGAGCUGAAGGCCAGCGUGAGGGUGGCUCAGAAGGAGAAGGAGCAGCUGCUGGCGGAGAAGAAGGACCUGAGGGAGUACAUCCGCAUGGUGGAACAGAAGAUGGGUCUGAUGCUGGACCCCAGCUUCAGCACGGCCUCCGUGACCCCUGCAGGGCGGCCGUACAGCCCCCUCUCCGACUCUGAGGAGGAGAGCCCCGAGGCGCAGCCGCCCCCGCCGGCCCCCCCCUCCCCGGGCCCGCUGGCCCACUACAGCCUGUGUGAGCAGGGCCAGCUGGACCCCCUGCUGCCCGCCACGCCCCCCCCCUCCCUGAGGGAGCUGGCCCGGGGCACGGUGGUCAUCAGCCAGCCCGCGCCUCUGUCCGCACCCCGGCAGGCCAGCACCGACGCCAUGGCCCACAGCUCCGAGUCGGAGGAGGGCUCUGAGGUGGCUCCGUGCGCCAGCCAGAGCACUGCGGAGGAGACGGCGCCGCUGCUGCCCGAGCACACGGACGCCAUCUUCAGUGAUCUGGCCCACACCUCCCUGUGGUAACGCGCGGACUCCCGGCGGCUUGGCGCUGCUUCAACAGCCAGAUCUCCAGACUUAUGUGGACUUAUUUUUAUCUUUACAAACACUAGCAGGCACAAAACAGCCAGAUAUUGCCGUUCACAACCGUUAUUAUUCUUAUAAACCCGUAUGAACAAAUGUGCCCCGUGUUCAUUGUAGGCCUUCUGAACUCUCCGGCGCCCUCCGUAGGGCUUCUGGUGUUCCUGCUUUAGCGGUUUUUCGGGACAUAAUCUUUUAUGGCGGUUAAGCAAACACUACAACGUUCACAACCGAAACAGCUUGAUACGCAGUGGGGGCGCCGAAGAAUGGGUUUCACGUUUUGAGAAGUUCACACACACACACACACACACACACACACACACCCGCGCACGCUCGUAUCAUGACUACACCGAGGGCUUUACGGCUGGUGUUCUGUUGUUUUUUUAUGACGGCUGUGAUUAGGAGUCAUGGCUGCCACUGUAAUUAUCAUGUUCUGUGCGGCCCGCUGCCUCCUUAGAAAACACUGCUGAAAGUCAACAUUAAAUUCUCCAAAGCAGAUGUGAACCAUGUCAGAGACACCGGCCUUUAGCCAGGCAGGAUUAGGCAUUUAAACAUGAAGGGUCGGCCUCUACGUUAUCCUCCCCCCUUUUUAAUGAAAAAUAAGCACUUUCAUUCUUAAUAUAUACACCGUUGAUUGUAGUUAUGCGGAUGCAUUCUGAGACAUUAGGGCCAAAGAGAGCGAGGCAGUAGGUGACAACGCAGUGAAGAAUAUUUGCGAUAUAAUAGAUUGUAUGGAUGGAUGUUACUAAGAUUAGGUGAUUAGUGCUACCUUCUGCCUUAUCUUCUCUUAUUGAUAAUAUAAACUAUAAACUGCUUGUAUUAGUUGAUGGUUCAGAAGUCUAUCUAACAAAGGGUUGAAAAUAGAGGAUCGUUCUUUACUGUUUGGUUAGUAGAUCCUCUUCAGUUUGUUAUAUGCAAGGAAUCUAUCCUCGCCACAACAAUGCAACGGUGACCUCCAUUUGAGUUUCCUUCAAAAAAAAAUUAAGGAAUAAAUACUUAAUAGAUAAUGAAAUUAGGAGUUGAGGUUCAAAUAUACCUAGCAUUUUGCAAUAUAUCUCUUGAUAACCAAUGUUGCUUACCACUUGAUCAGUGCUUAUUAACUCAUAAGUUAUAUUGCAAUGACAUUAUAUUCACAUUUAGCUUAAAACAAGUUGUAGGUUUUCACAACAUUUGACCAAUGACUUGUUUUUAUUUGUGUGGAUAAGAAAUAAUUGCUUGACAAUUUUAAUAAUCAUUUUAAUUUGUAUUUGCUGUAUUUGCACCCUGUUUUUAUAUAGAAGUUGAGAGGAAUGGCUGAUAUAUGCCUUUUUCAGAUGUGUCUUUUUUGUCUUCAUAAUAAUCUCCUUUAUAUGUGUGUUUUGGUUUGUUGACUCAAAUAAUUAAUCUCGUGUGUGCUUUUCUGCAUUCUGUUUGUAUAUCGGAUUCUAGGUUCAGUAUUUUAAUAUAUUGAUUCCAUUACUUAAGAACUAAUGCCAGCUUUAAUUAUAAAGUAUAUGCUUUUUAACACAAAAUGCAGCCACCCGUUCUGAUGUAAUUUAGAUGUUAUCGCCUCAACAGACCAUCCUAAUGGAAAAGUUAGAAAGAACAAUAAUUCUCCAUGGGCGGAUUGUUUGGACCCUCAAAAAAUUCUAACAUCUUUGAGCAAAAGUUAUUGCUGCUUUGAAAAAGUUACGGUGCAGGUUUAAAGAAUAAUUACAACCUUCCCCCCUUUCGUUACAAGAUAUGUGGUUUAACAUAUGUACACGCCAAGUAGCAAGGUGGUGAGAAUCCUGGUAUAUACCCGAUUCAUUUUAUUUUGAUUGUUGGUCCUUGUGCAGGCUGUUAUCUGAGGAAAGUUCUCCGAUAACGGGCCUCUUUCUGUUACAGUUAGGUGCUGCUCACCCGGGUUAUCUGAUCGCAAUAAAGCAGAAGCAGCAGUGUGUGUGUGGUUUGUUUUGGAGUUUUGCUCGUGAAGGUUGUUAUCCUACAUGUUAAACAUGUGUAUUCUUAUAGUAAAAAACGGAUUGGGGUGUGGCUCUAUAAUAAAGACGGUUUACGUAUC